UUGACGCCGUUACGACAACUCAGGAGACGGCGUCAGAGUGACAGUCGGUCGCUGCGUUACACAGAGCUGGGACUACCCUCUUCUUCUUGGAGGAGAAGAAGAAGAAGAAGAAGAAGCAGCACAGGCCCAGCUGCACCGAGCCUCCUCUGGGGGACUACACAUCUCUCCUGUGACAUGGAAUAAUUUCUUUGCACGCUUUCUGCCACUUUUUUUUGUGUGAUUAUUAUUAAGGAGUGUCAGACCUUUCCAAGACUUGGGGGGACAGGCCAUGACUUUGAGCACGCUCCUCCAGCAGAGGUUUAGCUCAUGACUGGUAAAAAAAAAAAAACCCAUGAAGCAGCCAGGGAAGUGACCUAGGGUGUGGACAACCACAGCCCCCCCCACCACCUACCAUGGCGUCCAAGGAGAGGCUGUAUGAAGUCUGGAUGCUCUACUGCACCAAGAGGGAUCCAGACUACUUGAAGCUAUGGCUGGAGAUUUUCAUCAGCUCCUACGAGCGAUGCCUCGAUGUGGACUUUGAAAAGCCAGCUUCAAGGCCAGAGGAGGUCCCCCCAGUCUUGACGCUCCUCCCCGACAACAUCCUGCAGGUUUUGCGCCACCAGCUGCUGCAGUGCGUCCAGAAAGCCUCCGACGGCCUGGAGCCCGAGCAGCAGAACCUGGCUUUGCUGCUGCUCAAGUUCCUCAUCAUCAUCUGCAGGAAUCUGUCAAAUGUGGAGGAGAUUGGCACUUGCUCGUACAUCAAUCACAUCAUCACCAUGACAACGCUUUACAUUCAGCAGCUGAAGAGCAAGACCAAAGAGAAGGAGAUGGUGGAUCAGAGCCAGGCGGAGGAGUUUGUCCGUCAUGCGCUGGCUUUCUGCGAGAGCCUCUAUGACCCGUACCGCAACUGGAGGCAUCGAACCUGCGGGGAGCAGCUGGGCACAGUGGAAAGAAGCAGACAGAAGUAUAAGGCAGCUCCGCUCACUGUUGAGUUUGUUCCCUUUUUUUACCAGUGCUUCCAGGAGAGUGAGCACCUAAAGGAGAGUCUGAAAUGCUGCUUGUUGCACCUGUUUGGAGCCAUAGUGGCAGGUGACCAGAGGAACGCUCUGCUCGCUAUCUCCCCGGCCACCAUGGAGGUGUUGAUGCGGGUGCUGGCCGACUGCUCCACGGGCAGCUGCCCCUCGGAUGAGGGCGAGGACUGGGACAGCGAGGCGCCUGACCGCAAGGCGCUGCUCAACCUGGGGUGUCUGCGGGAGGUGGUGCAGCGUCUCCUCGCCUCCAGCUCGGACCAGCGGCAAGUGGAAAUCGCCUCGGUGCUGGAGAACUACUUCAAGCUGCUCAACUCGGACCCUGCGGCCGUCGUCGCUGCAAAGCAGCAGCAGCAAGCUAAAGGUCGAGUGCCGACUCUGGGGCGACACUGGGAGAGCAGAUUUGUGGCACUGCAAGUAAACAUGCUAGAAACAAUCAGGGACAUGUUCCUGUGCUCAGACAGGCCAGUUCUUCAAGCCAUCUUCCUCAACAGUAACUGUUUCGAGCACCUGACACGGCUGCUGCAGAACAGCAAGCUGGUUAACGCUAGGUGCACGGCGGCAGACAAGGACCAGAAAGAUAUAACCAACAACAUGUUACUGACAGGAGAGAGGGACACUCAGGUCUUUCAAGGGCGACUAGACUCCCUCGCCGUCGCUACCAUCAAAGCCCUAACGACAGUGAUGCACAAGUCCCCCGCUGCAAAGGAGGUGUUCAAGGAGAGGAUCGGGUAUAACCACCUGUAUGAAGUUCUCACCUCGCUCGGGCAGCCGUCGCGGCACCUCCUCAAAGAGCUGAUGAACAUGGCCGUGGAGGGCGAGCACACCUCAGUGGGGCUCCUGGGCAUCAGCAACGUGGAGCCCCUGCUGCUGCUGGUCCAGUGGCUCGCCGAGCUGGACUCAUCCGAGCUGCAGCUCUUCACCGCCGACUGGCUCCGCCGCCUCAGCUGCCUCAACCGCCAAACCCGCGCCACCUGCGUCAACGCCGCCAUGGUCAUGCGAGCGCUGGCCGCUUUGGACCGCCAUGAACGCUUGCACCGCUCGUGCGCCGAGAGCCUCUUCGGACUGGUGGGCUCGCUGGGCUCGCAGUCCUUAAGCGCCAGAGAGCUGUUGGGACUCGUGCGCCUCCUCAGGCCGCCCGAGGCCACUCAAGCGCACCCCUACGUGGGUCCUGCUCUCAGAGCCCUGCUCGCCAUGGUGCGGAAGCAGGGCCUGGAGAGCGCCAUGCAGUACUUUGAUCUGUCGCCAAGCAUGGCCGGGAUCGUAGUUCCGACAGUGCAGCGCUGGUCGGGCUCUGCUUUCAGCUUUCUCGCCUGGUUGUCGCUCGAUCAGGACCAGCUCGGCCCGCCCAGCAAGGACAAGAGGAAACAGCUGUACAGCUUCUUCACCCCGGGAGGGACGGGGUUCGAGGCCUUCAUCAGCUCGGCGGGCGUGCUGGUGGUGGCUGUCUGUACCAAGAAGGAGUACGUCACAGUCAUGCUGCCUGAUUACUGCUUCUGUGACUCUCUCUGGCACAGCAUCGGUGUAGUUCAUAUUCCAGGGAAAAGGCCGUUUGGACAGAGUCUCGUUUAUAUUUAUGUGGAUGGACAGCAGAAGCUCUCCGCCCCCCUCAAGUACCCCACAAUGACCGAGCCGUUCAUCUCCUGCUGCAUCGGCUCAGCAGGCCACCGCACCACCACCCCCCCGCCCUCCCAAAUCCCAGACCCUCCCUUCUCUUCGGCUACAACGCCCACCACUCGCUCCUCAUUGGGUGGCAUCCUCUCACCUCAGACGUGGGGAGGCCUCCUCGGGGGGAAACCCGAGUCCGUGACCAAGCUCAUCUCGGCGGGGACACAGGACAGCGAGUGGGGAAGCCCGACGUCCCUACAAGGCCAGCUGGGGAGCGUCAUGGUCUUCCAUGAACCUCUGCAGCCUAACCAUGUGAAAGCCAUCUGUAGCGCGGGUCCGAACUGCAUCUCUCCUUUUAAAGCGCUGGAAUCAGAACUCGGAGACUUUUCCACCAAACUGCUGCUGCAUUACUCACCUAAGGCGUGCAGGAACCCCAUCUGUCUGGAUCUGUCUCCAAACAUGCUGCACGGACGCCUGACUGGGAAUAAAGUCGUCAACUGGGACAUUAAGGAUAUGAUCAACUGUGUGGGCGGCCUGCCGGUGCUCUUCCCCAUCCUGGAGCAGUUGGCCCUCGUGACCCCGGAUCAACAGGCAGGCGAUCCCGCAGCCGGGUCCGACUUCAUCACCCCUGAUGUAACCACGCCAGCCGAUGGGGACUGGGUCAUCCUCCCGUCCAAUAGGGCUUCAGAGGCGCGCCUGGAGAAGAAUCUGGUGGCCACCUUCCUGUUGGUGCUGAAGCAUUUCCUGCAGAGGCAUCUGAUCAACCAGGAGAAUCUGCUCCACUCACACAGUGUUGCUACACUAGGAGGCCUGCUGCAGAAGUUGCCGGCUGGCCACGUGGACGUCAGCGUUCUCGUCGCCGUGCAGCUUCUGAUCGAGCAGGUGACGUACGAGAAGAACCAGGCUCUGCUGCAGCAGCUCCACACACAUCUGCUGUUCAACUUCAACAUCUGGAACAAAGGAGACUUCCCUCUACGCAUAGGUCACAUCCAGUACAUGUCCACGGUCAUCAAAGACAACAGAAAGCAGUUCAGGAAAAAGUACGGCGUUCAGUUCCUUUUGGACAACGUGCGCCUUUAUUACGGGAAGAACGGCAAUAAAGAGAGCGACCUGAGCGAGGACGACGUUCGAACCGUCAGGGCGUCUCUCUGCGGCCUCAUCAAGUACUACAUCAGCAAGGGCAUGUCCCAGGACGAGAUGCACAGCAUUCUGGGAUAUAUCGCUGCCAUUGGGGAUGAGGAACAGUUGUGUGGAUUGCUGGAGAUGCUGCUCAGCCUCCUCCAGAGCAGCCCGGCCCGGGACCAGAUCUUCCUGCUCCUCUUCGAGCCGGGCGCCGCCGACUCCUGCUACGCUCUCCUGCUCAACAACAAGCACUCGGAUCGACUCCGAGAGCUCGUCUUCAAGUUGUUCGAACGCAUGCUGCGCUGCGACCGCGUCUACGAGAGGAACAAGCAGCGUUUACGCCUGAGGGAGGCAGGUUACGCCGGCCUGUCGCUGCUCUUCUCUGAACUCCACAUCACUCCCACUCUGAUCCGCUGCCUCCUCAACCAGGUCCUCCACACAGAUCACAUGGUGAACUACAAAGACCUGAUGUCUCUGGUCCAGCUCACGCACCGGGCCGGAGCGAGCGUGCGCCUCAUCGUCUGCAAGAGGGUGUACCAGCUGCUGCAGUCCCAGCAGGACGCCGCCGUCCAGAUUUCAAAGCAGCGGUGUUGGCAGGACACUCUGAUGCGUCUGUACCUGCGGGGUGAAGGCUCUUUACCGCUGCGGAGCGCCGACACCGUCAGCGCCUGCAGCCUGGAUUUGAACCGGCCGAGCGGCGGCGGCUGCGCCAACCGCCUGGAGCUGCCGCUGGACAGGAGGGGGCGGGCGGGCAGCGCGGGCCGCCUCGACCGGCUGGAGGACGACCGCCUCAGCGUAGGCGACGCCCGCUCUGUGGACAGCAUGGAGAACGGCGACGUCAUCUCUCUGCUGGACACGCCCUCGUCCUCUGCCUCCGCGGAGCCGCAGCUACACGGCAAACCCUGGGUGGUGGGGAAGUCGGGGGGCUUGGUGCUGGAUCUGUCACAUCUGCAGGCCUACGAGGGAGCAGAGAGCGGCAGCCAAACGCCGGGCAGCAUGCCCAGCACGCCAUCGCCUCUCGAGACCUCAAAGCCCUUCCCAGGGGGCUCUGGGGACAGAGACGCGUCUUCCUCUAUGACUGAGGACAGCUUCCUGUUCAGUGACAACAUCUCACUGGGGGAGUCCUUCAACAAUGCUGAGAGGGCAGAGGAGGAACUGUGCAACAUGCUGCUGGAGAUAGUCCUCUGUGUGAUGUGGCGGGGAGUGGAAGGUUCUGAUGACUCGGCGUGGCUGGAGCGCGGUCAGGUCUUCUCGGCGCUCACCAAACUCGGAACCGCCAACGAGCUGCUGCUACCCGUCGACCAAAUCAAACUCAGCUUAAUGGAGCGCAUGUUGGAGUGGGCGGUGAGCGAUAACCGCGAGGCUUCGGCCGCCACGCUGCCGCAGCACACGGAGAACGCGGUGCGGCUGCUCCACGUGGUGCAGGACUUCCUGCAGGCGGAGGGCCUCGUCAAUCCGGCUCUGUGGACGGAGAAGGUGCUGGAGGAGACGGUGACGCUCAUGGACAGCCUCAUGGUGUGGUACACGUCCGGCACCCAGUGGUUCCAGCUCUCCCAAGUGGGACUGAGGCUGCUGCUCGGCUUCAUGGCGCAGGAGGACCCCGAGGUUUGCGCCAUGGCCACCGCCAAGCUCAACGGCAUCCUGCAGACCAAAGAGGUGUCCAGCCAGGACGAGGCCUGCUACCUGCUGGGCAAGGUCGAGAGCAUCCUGCGGCGCUCCAUCCAAGAGCAGACCGAGGAGACGUACUCCUUCCUGGUUCCUCUCCUGCGAACGCUGCUCUCCAAAGUGCACCGCCUCCUCUACAUGGAGCUGCACCUCCCCCAGCUCCCGGACACCAACGGCAGCCCGUCCUUCUUCGAGGACUUCCGGUUAUACUGCGACUCACCUGAGUGGCGCGUCUACCUCGACAAAUAUAUUAUUCCGUACAUGAAGCAGUAUGAGAUUGAAACAUUCAGCCAGGGUCACGAGACCAUGGCUCUCUUCUGGAAGGAGUGCUACGAGGCCUUCAUGGUCAGCCUGCACAAGCGGGAGCGGGAGAGAGGAGAGAGCAAGAUCCGCUUCCAGGAGCAGUUUGUGGAGCCUUUCUCUCGCCGAGGACGACAGGAGAACCUGCGCUACAACAGCAUGUUGAAGCAGCAGCACAGCCAGAACAGUGCCACCCUCAGGCAGUGGAAGGCAGCGCGCCGGGGUCUGGUGUGCGAGAGGGGGCCGUGGACCGAGAGGCAGCAGGAUGAGAUGCACUGGAGGGUGUCGAGUGCUGAAAACUUCUCCCGCAUGAGGCUGAAACUGGUCCGAAAUUACAACUAUGACCCGCACCGAGAGGCCAGCGCUCUGAGAGACAACCUCGGUGUCCAUCAGCAGCGUGUGCACUCGGACUCUCUGCUGCUGGAGGCUGUGAAACAGGUCAAAGUCAGCGACCUGGAGGACGACAUCCUAGAGCUGCCGGAGGACGACCCUGCUGCCGCCAAUAACCAAGUGGAAGCAGAGGAGGCGGGCCAGAAGGAGAAGCUGGUGCUGUGGGAGGACUGCGAGCUGGUGACCGUGGUCGACGUGGUUCCAGGCCGCCUGGAGCUCACCACCCAGCACAUCUACUUCUAUGACAGCAGCCAGGAGAAAGAGGAAGGAGUGGGCCACGACUUCAAAUGGCCCCUGUCUCAGAUCCGAGAGGUCCACCUGCGCCGGUAUAACCUCCGCCGCUCGGCUCUGGAGAUCUUCCUCAUCGACCAGACCACUUACUUCCUCAACUUCAAGAAGGAGACGAGGAACAAGGUGUACAGCCGCAUGCUGAUGCUGCGGUCCCUGAGCCUUUACGGAACCAGAUCGCCGCAGGAGCUCCUCAAAGCUUCUGGACUCACACAGAAAUGGGUGAACAGGGAGAUCUCCAACUUCGACUACCUGAUGCAGCUCAACACUAUCGCAGGCAGAACGUACAACAACCUGGCUCAGUAUCCAGUGUUUCCCUGGAUCCUAGCCGACUACACCUCAGAGGAGCUCGACCUGUCGGACCCUCGGGUUUUCCGGGAUCUGUCCAAACCCGUGGCCGUUCUCAACGAACGUAACGCCAAGGCGGUUCGAGAGAAGUAUGAAAGUUUUGAGGACCCUACGGGCACCAUCGACAGGUUUCACUACGGCACACACUACUCAAACGCAGCCGGUGUGAUGCACUACUUAAUCCGAGUGGAGCCCUUCACCUCGCUACACAUCCAGCUGCAGAGUGGACGGUUCGACUGCGCCGACCGCCAGUUCCACUCCAUCCCCGCGACGUGGCAGACCCUCAUGGACAACCCCAACGACGUCAAGGAGCUCAUCCCCGAGUUCUUCUACUUCCCAGAAUUCCUCGAGAACCAAAAUGGCUUCGAUUUGGGUCGCCUGCAGAUCUCUAAGGAAAGGGUAAAUGAUGUCGUUCUGCCGAAAUGGGCCAAAUCCCCGGAGGACUUUAUCUACAAGCACCGCAAAGCCCUGGAGUCAGAGUACGUCUCGGCGCACCUCCACGAGUGGAUCGAUCUGAUCUUCGGCUUCAAGCAGAGGGGCCCUGCAGCCGUGGAGGCUCUAAACGUCUUUUACUACUGCACAUAUGAAGGGGCCGUGGACUUGGACGCCAUCACUGACGAAAAGGAGCGUAAGGCCGUGGAAGGAAUGAUCAGCAACUUUGGACAAACACCUUGCCAGUUACUCAAGGAGCCCCACCCUGUGCGUCUGCCUCAGGAGGAAGUGGAGAAGCGGAAGGCUCAGCUGGACUCGUGUCCCCUCAGCAUGUUCGAACACCUCAGCGACCUCAAGUCCUUCUUCGUGGAGGGCAUCAGUGACAAUGUGCCGCUUGUUAAGGCCGUGGUGCCAAAGAAUCAGUCGCAUUCCUUCAUCACCCAGGGGAGCCCGGACACCAUGGUUACUGUGAGUAAAAACUGCCUGGUUGGAACCCAUGGGUGGCUGCCUUACAACAAGAACAUCUCCAACUACUUCACCUUCAUAAAGGAUCCCACCGUGUCCAACAGCAAGACGCAGCGUCUCCUCUCCGGGCCCUUCGCUCCAGGCGUGGAGGUCACGGCGGGGCUGUUCGUCGUCUCCCACGAUGGGAAGCUGCUUUUCAGCGGUGGCCACUGGGACAACAGCCUGCGGGUCACCUCGCUGGUUAAGGGCAAGACUGUGGGGCAGCACAUCCGACAUAUGGACAUCGUGACCUGCUUGUCAACAGACCACUGUGGCAUCCACCUGAUCUCCGGCUCCAGAGACACAACCUGCAUGGUGUGGCAGGUCCUGCAGCAGGGAGGGGCUCCUGUGGGUCUUCAUCCCAAACCGGUUCAGGUGUUAUACGGACACACAGACGAGGUGGUCAGCGUCAGCAUCAGCACAGAGCUGGACAUGGCUGUGUCCGGAUCCCGGGACGGGACGGUGAUCAUCCACACGGUGCGUCGGGGUCAGUACAUGCGUUGCCUGCGGCCUCCCUGCGACAGCUCCCUGCCGCUCUCCAUCCUCCACCUCGCCGUGUCGUGGGAGGGUCACCUGCUGGUGCACACCUGCGUCGAGGGCAAAGCGACACUCAAGGAUAAAAACGCUCUCCAUCUUUAUUCUGUGAACGGGAAGCACCUCUGCAGCGAGCCCCUGAAGGAGCAGGUGACUGACAUGUGUGUGUCAGGGGAGUACGUGGUCAUCGGCAGCGAGCAGGGUUACCUGUCCAUCCGAGACCUCUACAGUCUCUCUCUGAGUAUAGAACCGAUGGCCAUGCGUGUGCCUGUGCGUUGUGUCGCCGUCACCAAGGAGCAGAGCCAAGUCCUGGUGGGCCUCGACGACGGCAAGCUGAUCAUCAUCGGAGUGGGCAAGCCGGCAGAGAUGCGUUCGGGCCAGAUCACAAGGAAGCUGUGGGGCUCCAGGAGGGGACUGACCCAGAUCUCCUCGGGGGAGACGGCCUACAACACCUAAGCGACCGCGCCCACCCGACUCUCCCUGAGCCCUGCACCACCCGCCCCCCCUCCCCCUCCCCUCUCCCCCCUCCAUGCACAUCCCCACAUUCCUGUCGUCCUGUUUGCCUUCAUACCUGUCAAUCACCACACAACAUUGUGAGCGUCACAGACUCUUUUCAUCGUCCUCAUGUCUGUUUUUGUUUUCUCGUACGUUCUGGAUCGGACAAACAAGCGCUGGCGCUGGCGUUUAAAUCCAGAAGGAACUUCGCAUGACUGCCAAACACCGCAUCUUCUCUCCUGAUUAAGUUGUCCUGAUCAGCUCAAAUCUGACAUCAGAUCACUUUGUGUGUGUGUGUGUGGUGCAUGUGCAGGACAAUACCAUUCUCUGUCUCAAAAAUAUAUUUUCAAGUGGCCUUUUUUUUUUUUUUUUUUUUGAAGGCGGAUCCCGUCUGUGAUCUCCUUACAGCCUUUAUGCAGUACAACCGCUCCAUCACUCACAAGACCAAACUGUCUGCCUUCUCCUCUGCGUUUUAUAAAUGUGUAUACAUGUGCGCGAGGGAUUCUUUUUUUUAUCAUCUGUUUCGUUUGUUUGUUUUCUGCACGUGCCGAUUAACAUGGCGUCUGUUUGUACGCGGUGCGUUCAUGGUCCAUUCUGAGAUUAGGCAGCACGCUGAUGGAGAGAUUUUUGACACUGUCUUUGUUUUGAAGAUAGCCUCUGUGUCAUCCGUCUCACACUACAUUCUUAAACAGAAGAAGCUUCUACUACAGCAGUAAAGAGAAGAAGAAUUGUUUUUAAGUUACUUGAAGAGAAAAAAAAAAAGACGUUUAUUUAUUUGUAGCAGUUUUUUUAAGAUCACAUUUUGAAUACACACUAAUAUGUUAUAUGUCAAACUCCUCAGACUGUUCUGUAAAAGAAGGAGAAAGAAGAAAUCCUCAAGGGCUUUUUGAGAUGUCAGCGUUCACAGCAAUACAGCUCCGAUGGCUGUCGAUGCUUUCUUCCUGUCGUUUUCCCGCCCCUAAGCCCCGCCUCUAUCUCUUGUCUUCCUACAGUAGAAUCGCCCCUCCCUCCCUCUAGCCUCAAACUGUCACCACAUGUUGUUUUUUCUACAUCUCAUCGUCAUUCCUGCUCAUCGUGAAGCGACCGAUUUUAGAGAUUUAAGUCGCUAAAAUAUUGUCUGUGUGUGUGAAUCGGAAUUCUACGAUAUCCGACUAACACAAAAAGAGCCACAGUAUGAAGCUCCUGUGGAUCAGACUGUGUGAUUGGUAGAUAGUUUUGCACCAUAACUGUGUGUGUGUGUGUGUGUGUGUGUGUGUGUGUGUGUGUGUGUGAGAAUAUGCAAUUGAGGCAUGUUUAUUUUUUUAUAGCCAAAUUCUUUGUAUGUUUCUGAUUCUGUGAACCUGGCAUUUUUUUUUUUUUUUACAUGAUAUUGUAAUUAUUUAAAUGUCACAGAAAGCAAAACGGCCAAUCUGUGUUCUUUCUGUAAAAAAACAUUUUUUCUUUCAUUCACCCUUGUGUGUUGUUUCCGACAAAAAGACCACUGUUUGAGUUGUUCCACAGCUGCAACAAACGGAGUGCCUUUACUAUCCCAGUGUGUGAUCGACAUAGAGCAAGGUUCCUCUCAUCGCUGACGCUUACAGUACGACUCCCCCCGACUUCCUCGUCCAAUCGAAUCAAUGCAGCAUUCCAGAAGUUUAACCCUCCACCACCGAGAGGAACUUGUAGGACUCAGAAGCGAAGUACUAUUUUUGUGUCUUAGCAGCGUUCUCUGUGACUGUCACCAAAUGGAUGUGUGUAUAUCUGUGAUUAUUUAUGAAUACGGUAUAUAAUGUACAGCAUGAUUUUUAUUUCAGCGUAUUUGAAAAAUGUACUUUUUGCACUUUCCAGGUACUAAAUUGUAACAAAUUGUUUUAACUUGCCUCCCUAAUCUGUACAAACUGCUUUGUAUACACAGGUGGAAAAACGAUCAUUAAAGUCUUGUCUAAAUUUAAA